CGAACUACCGGCGCUGGCUUAUUACGUCACUAAGCAGCCCAGGCUUUGCUAAUAGAUUACCAAUGAGUGAGCGAAUCUUCAGUAGUGCAGAGUAAUGUUUCCAUCACUGUGUGAAGUAAGCACUGACCAAUUAAAGGAGGCUGUGAAAAAAUUACUUCAGUUCUUACAUGAAACGCUACAGAUCUCUGGGGCCCAUACUGUUGAUUUCUACACACAAGAUAUUUGGAAGAAGCUUGUUGCUGUAUCCCCAGAGACUGUGCUGUCAGCAUUCAGUAAACACAAUGGGACAUCACACCAUAUAGGAAAAGAAGUUCCUGAAUUAUCCAGCAUUUUUUCUAAUCAACAAUUGGUGAAUAUUGAAGCUUUUGUGGAGGCAUCUCACAGUCAUUCACUUGUGAAUAUGGGAAUAUGCACCUCUGUGGAUGAACUGCUUGAAGCUCUUGCUGUCCAUAAAGCAGGAAGUCCUGAUUUAAAGACAGACCAGUUUAUGAAUGAUAAAAAAUCACAUGAAGUUUUAAUUAUGUCACAAUUAGUGCAAAGCAUUGCAAACAUUUGUGGAGUAAAACAGGUGAUAGAUUUGGGUGCUGGGAAAGGUUAUUUGAGCUCAUAUUUAUCCAUGAAAUAUAAUCUAAAGGUUUAUGGGAUUGAUUCUUCUGAUACCAAUACAGAUGGGGCUAACAGGCGAAACCAGAAAUUGAAAAAAUAUUGGAAAACCUACAAAACAGAUGCCAGAGAAGUUUCAAAAGCACAGGAAUCUGACCAAAACAAAGACUGCUUAUUGCCAAAUUACAGUUGUCAGGAAGUAAAUACAGACAGAGAAAUUCCAAAACCCAAGUCAUGUUUUCCUAAAUUAGAAGAAUCAUCCAUUUCAAAUGAUUUAAAAAGUAUAAAUGUGUCAGAAUGGAAAAGGGACCAGGAAAACUAUCAAAGGACUCUGCAACCUGCAGAUUCAGACAGGUCCUCUCCCUUUUUGGAUAUCUUGCCUGCCGAUGCUGUGGAAGAGCAAACAUUUUCAAAAAGUGUGCACAAAAGUCUAAGUGAACAAGAGAAAGAGCAACGGAAAAUGGAGAACAUCAGUAUUAAAGAGCAGCGUGGCUCACGUGUUUAUUUGCCUCUCACCUGCAAAAUCACGGUUGAAACAGAACUGAGUGAAAUCAUUGAGGAUUUAGAGGAAUCCAUCAUGGUGGGCCUGCAUACAUGUGGGGACCUUGCUCCAAAUACAUUACGUAUUUUUACUGCUAAGCCAGAAAUUAAAGCAGUUUGUAGUGUUGGCUGCUGUUACCAUCUUUUGUCUGAGGAAUUUGAAAGCCCUGAAGAAGAAAUAACUGUUACAACCUGGGGUUUUCCAAUGAGCAUACAUUUGAAGGAAAGCAGCUGGUUCUUCGGAAGAAAUGCGAGAAUGUCAGCUUGUUUGGCUUUAGAGCGUGUUGCGGUCGGCCAAGGGCUUGCAACAGAAUCCUUGUUUUAUCGUGCUGUGCUUCAAGUUAUAUUGAAAGACUGCUUUAGUGUCACUCAAAGCGACAAGCGUGUUGGAAAGAUUUUCUCAAAGUCUGGCAACUUUACUGAAUAUGUAAGAAAAUCCCUCAAAAAGCUGGGCCACGAUGAUUCAGAGUUAUCAGACAUGGAAAUUAUGGAAUACUUUGAAAAGUACAAGCCCAGGAAAAAUGAAAUGGAAGCAUUUAAUAUGCUGAAAGUUCUCUUGGCUCCUUGUAUCGAAGCUCUGAUUCUCUUGGAUCGCCUUCUCUAUCUAAAGGAGCAGAAUAACUUAGCAUGGUCAGGACUCGUGAAGUUGUUUGAUCCAGUGAAGUCUCCUCGUUGCUACGCAGUGGUAUCGAUGAAAAAGGUGUAACAAUACCAGGUAAAGCAAAAGUUACAUCUCGCUUCCUCUAUAAUCAAGGACUGAAUUCAAGCUCGCUAUCAGGAUCCCAAUUUAAUGACUGCUUGUGAAAAUCUGCUUUGUGCAUUGCUGUGACUGCCAGUCAUGGGCAGGAUAGAAAAUAUGGUUGUGGCCGAGGUGCCUAUCAUACUGCAGAAUGAAAUCUAUUUGUUUCCUAACUCAGUCACAGAUUGAGACCAUCUUGAAAAAUGAAAGACCCAGACCCAGGUUCAAGCUACGGUCAUUAUGUCAGAUUAUUAUAAAAGCAGGACUACUAAGCCCUAUAAGCAUCAUCCUUUAUUGUGUUUAUGAAAUUGCCAAUAUGGCAAUAAGUUAGGUGGCACCGUGAAAGAAUUAUUUACUGCUCUUCCUGCCUGAUAAAGUAGUUAGUCCUCAAGAUUAUUGUUUCUAAAUUCAUAAAGGUACCUUUAUAGUAUAUGUUUAUAAAGCCAUAUUAUGCUUUUUGCUAAUAUUUACCUUUACUGCAUCUGUAUUAAAUAAAAAUGCAAUCAGGGAUUUUAAAAUGCUCCAUUACCAGCACAUAGGUUCUAUUCAAAGGCCCAGCUGCUCAGUACAUUGACGCUUGCACCGUUCUCAAAGCGAAUGCCUGGAUCACAUCAUGUAUAUUUUCUACAUAUAUUUUCUGGCCAUGUUCCCUACAUUUGUUCCACCAGUAUGAUAUAGUUAUGAGGUGAUAUGCUUUUACUUCACCUGAGGGUAACAUGUGGAUAUUGAUUUAGCAGCUUUCUCUAGGAGCUAAUCCCUUUCAGAAUUGAGUUCCAUAGUGGUCACUUUAGAAUGCCAAAGGGAUAUAGUGUAUGUUUUACAUUCUGUAUAAUGACUUUCUCUAUGCUUCGAAUGUCCCCAGCAUCCAAAUGGAAAAUGACCAUAAAUAAUAAUGUCUUUAUUAAAUGCAGUAUGGUGUAUAA